AUGGAGACCAUGAUGACCGCCCAGACAGCCGGCCCGGCCUUCUACUUCUACAGUCCGGAUCCGAACCCGGAGGGCCGGCAACACGGCCGUUUCAUCCCGCAGCAGCAUCCGGCCAUGCCGCACAUGGCCAUGCUGCCGAUCGUGCCUCCCCUGCCUUCGACUCCCGUCUACUCGCGGCCCGGCUCCUCGAGCUCCCAGCCGCCGCUGCUGCCCAAGGGCUUCGGCAACGUGCCAAUCCUGCCGUCGACACUGACCCCCGUGGUCUCCCCGAUGCCCAUAUCCCACAAGCCGACGAUCGUGCUGGACACGGAGCUGUGCGAGGCUGACGGGAUGUACUCCCCAUCAACCCCGCCUCUCUCGUCGUCGGGCAGCGCAAUCAGCAGCCCUGGCAGCUGUGACAUGCUCCAGACGCCGCUGAACCCCAUGUUUUCGGGCCUGGACGGCAAGGAAGGUCGCGACUUUGAGGGGGAGCUCGAGAGCUUCCCCAGUUUGGAUUGGUCCGCGUGCGCAUCGCCGCCGUUGACGCCUGUGUAUCUCCCAUCGCAAGCGCAGCCGCCCAAGCUUGCUCCACUCAACACACAGGCUUUCGACCACCUGUCUCCUGCAUCAUCGUGCCCAUCGCUCUCGCCUUCUCCCUCUCCAUAUGCACGCUCUAAUUCGUCGGAUGAUUUCUGCGACCCCAGAAACCUGACGGUCGGCACGGUCAAUCCGACGCUUGCUCCCGAAUUCUCUGCACUGCCGAUCCUUGGCGCGGGCGAGGACGAGGAUCAGAAGUUUUUGCUCAGGGGCGCAUCUGGCGCAACCUCACCAAGCUCAUCCUUGCAUUUCAAUUCGCAACUUGCAUCGAGCCACGGCUUGCCUUCCUUUGACUCCUUCUCCGACCUCGACUCGGAGGACGACUUUGUCAACGGACUUGUACGCCUGAACGACUGCACUGCCACGCAGACCAGCCGUUCACGCGCUAGCUCUGACGCGCUCUCGCUCACCCCCUCGAGUUACCUCUGCGUUGACGACUCGGAAGAUUUUGAGGCCGGCGACUCGUUUGGCACGCACAACCUCCUCAGCCCACCUGAAUUGUGCGACGGCAGCGACGCACAGAGGCAUAAGCGAUUCAAGAAGUCGAAUGAUUCCAGCAAACCAAUCAUGAACAUUGCCGCGGACUCUCAAUCGGGGAGUACUCAGGGCCAGUCGCCGGCGGGCAACCCUGAGAGCGGCAGCAGCAAUGCUACCGAGUCCAAGCACAGUUCAGAGUCCAACUCCGGCUCUGACAAUGCGCGGUCGACUCCUCUCCCGGUUCCCACCAGCCGCCGUGGGCGCAAGCAGUCGCUGACCGAGGAUCCCUCGAAGACCUUUGUGUGCGACAUCUGCAACCGUCGCUUCCGGCGCCAGGAGCACCUCAAGCGCCACUACCGUUCGCUCCACACCCAAGAGAAGCCCUUUCAGUGCAGCGAGUGCGGGAAGAAGUUCUCUCGAUCCGACAACCUCGCGCAGCAUGCUCGGACCCAUGGCUCUGGGGCCAUCGUCAUGAACAUCAUCGACAACGCCGAGGCCAUGGCCGCGGCUGCCUCGAUGCAAUCGGGCUACACGCACCCUGCCAUGAUGGGUACUGGCCUGGUUGGCGCGGAAGAGUACCACACCCUCGGCAAGGUGCUCUUCCAGGUUGCUGCCGAGAUCCCCGGCAGCGCGAGUGAACACUCGUCUUCUGAUGAAGGGAGCAACAAUGGCAAGAAGAAGCGCAAGAGGUCAGAGUAG